GUGAACUUGACUCAAGUACCUUAUGGCACUAUAUAUUGCAUACAACCAUGUCUACCUCACCUUUGCCUCAUUCUUACAUUUCUAAAACUCCCUCUGCCAUGAGCGAUUCUGCAGGCCUUAAAACGCCACCAGCAGAUGCAAUUAUUUUAGAACCCAUCGUGCGCGAGCGUAUUAUAGAGGUAGAAAGGCCUGAAAUACAGGAACGUAUUGUAGAUGUGCCAGAAAUCCAAUAUGUGCAAAGAGUUACCGAGGUACCUGAGCCAGUUAUACAGGAGAAUAUUGUACGUGUAGCGAAGCCCGUGCUACAGGAAAGGAUCAAAAAGGUAGUGAAGCCAAUCAUACAGGAGAAGGUUGUUGAAGUCCCCGUUGUCGAAAUUGUUGAAAAAGUGGUAGAGGUGCCACAAUAUGUUUACCAAGAAAAGGUCAUUGAAAUACCAAAAGUAGUGGUACAGGAACGAGUUGUCAACAUACCAAAGAAAGUGACGAAGGAAAGAAUAGUCGAAGUUCCUAAAAUUCAGUACAAAGAGGUAAUCAAGGAGCGUAUUGUGGAAGUGGAACAGGAAAUACCUGAAAUUGUACACAAAGAUGUGCGUGUCGUACACUAUAUAGAUCGUCCUGUGGAAGUUGAGAAAAUAGUAGAAGUACCACAAAUACAGCACAAAUAUAAGGACGUGAUCACCCCUCAAUAUCGCAACGUACCAACACCUGUGGAAGUACCCGUCAAGCAAAUUAGGAAUGUGCCUGUAACCAAAAUUAUUGAGCGCGAUGUCCCAGUGCCUGUGGAAAUCGAUGUGGUACAAGAGUUCACGUGUCGCAAUAUAGAGGCAAGGUAUCACGAAAUACCAGUACCCGUACAUGUACAACGCAUUAUAGAGCAUCCAUUGCCACAAGAAGCUUUCCAAAACACCAACCUAGUACCGAUGUAUUACUGCGCUGUGCAGGACAACCUUAGACAAAUGCAGCAACAUGGCAUUUCAUACCCAAACAAUAUGCCAAUCCAAAACAUCAAGAACCAAUUUUAAACUCUGGAGCAAGGUAUCGUCCAAUGCAUGAU